CGCUUCAUUCUCUCGUCUUUUGCUUCAGUUAUGAGUGUUACUCUUUACCAAAUUUCUGAUUUUCUCAGUUUCGCGAAUAUUAUCAUGAAAAAGUCCUUUUUCAAGUUCAAAAAUUACUUCAAUUUCUAGUGUAACAUCUCACCUACCGCGUAGUUAUAAAGGAUAAUCAAAAACACAUCAUUUAUAAGUAGAAUUCAUCGAAAAACUGUUUUGGAGUGCAAAUCAAAAGAGAAGAAAAAGUACCGUGCAUUCUACAAAACAAUAUAAAUAAUCAAAUAUUCCCAGUCCAUUGUCUCUUUCAUGUGGAUUAAAUUUUCAACAAAAAAGAAAGAAAGGAAAAUAAUAGUUUUAUAGCUUUGGUGCAAAUAUAUAAGUGAAAGAAAAUUGUAAAAAAAAAAAUUCAAUGAAUGAAAAUUUCUAAUCAAAAAUUGAUUAAAGUUGAAAGUUAAUUUAAUUAUAUAGUAAAAAAGGAAAGAAAGGAAUUUCAAUAUUGAAUUGUUGAGGUGUUUAAAUCAACAAAGAAGUGAAUUAAUUCUUAGCUGUAAAUGAAUAAAACAAAUCUGUGUAUGUGAGAAAAGUGCUGCCACAAAUAAAAACAUAAUUAUUGGAUUAUUGAAACAAUUUAAGGAUGAUUGCUAAUCGUUCAGUCAUCAAUCACAACACAUCAAGCUGUACCAAGAAUGUAGCAGAAUGAAAAAGAAUAGCAAAUUUUACCCCGAUAUUGAAAUGAAAAAACCACAACAAAAACCAAGGUUAGAAGAAAAUGAACGAAUGGAUCGAGAUCGACGUGAGCAGGCAAAACAGCAGCAGAAGCAACAAAUGCAGCAGAUGCAAAGGUUAUCACAGCAAAAUGAUAACGACGCACCACAAAUGCCAUUGUUUGGUGUCCCUAAAAAGUUGAGUUCAGCAGAAGUUGAUCAUUCGAUAGAUCUCACUUUGGGAAACUUCAACGAUGCAGCACCACUUUUUGGAACUGACACCAAACAGUUUAUUGGUAUCACAACAUUUCCAACAACGCCUAUCGCCAACCGACAGAUGCCUCCAUUAGCCUAUCCACAGCCGAACAAACAACAAUCGUCAAUGGCUUUCAACAACAACGGAUUAACAUCCUCGCAAUCAUCAGCCAUCAACUGUAGCAGUCGGACAUAUAACAACAUCAACAACAACAACAAUAAUAUUAAUAUUAAUAAUAACAUUAAUACGAUAAAUAACAAUAACAAUAGCAAUACAGCAAUUAACAAUGUAAAUAGUUAUCAACAAAAACCGCUAUCAUUAUCAUCGUCAAGUAGUAGUAGUAGUAGUAGGUCUCUUAUUUUGGCGCCACCGCCGCAAUCACGUGUAACAAACAGCAGUAGCAGUAACAGUAGCAUCACAUCAAUGAAUAACAACAUCAACAAUAACAACAAUACGUUCGUGCGGCCGUCUGAUAACAAGCCAUUCAUUAAUGGACGUUCGAAUUACGCAAGUGGUCAGCAAUCAAAUAAUAAACACGAGAAUGGCCGUGAACCUUCGAGAAAGCCAACGGAUAAGAAAUCAGUUGAUGAGAUAUUUAAAGAAGUACUCGGCGGUCUCAUCCCAGAAUCUCCACUAGACGGCAUUGGUGCGACGCCAAGAAAUAAUGAAAUGGGAAAGAAGUUUAAUAUGUCUGACAUGCACUUGCCAUCCAAAUAUAAAUAUCAUCCACUGAGUCUACCAGGGCCGUUAUCGCCACCAAAAAUGUUGACUUCGAGUAACAACAAUGCAAAACCAUCAAAAGCUGAACCGUCAUCUCAAGUGCAGCCACAGCCACCACCACAACAGCAACCACAACAACCGCCACCUUCAAUUGUACAACAAUUACAAAUUCCAUCGACUGUUGAACCACAACCAAGUGUAACUGACCUUGAUGUAUCGGAGGAUAGUGAUAAUGAUGCUUCCGAGAAAUCCAAGCCAAUUGUGCCUGAAGCGACUUCUCCUGUGAAUGAUGUUUCAAGUGAAUCAUCAGACGGAUCCGCUUCAAGUGAAUCAUCUUCCGAAGGCGAGGAUGAACAUCAUGAUCCGCCAGCAGACGUUGAAGUCAAAGUUGAACCUGAAAAUAAUGUCAAAUGGAAUUUAUCUGAAUUUCUUCCCGGUGGAAUACAAAAGUCACCAAAUGAAGCGCCUUCAUCGCAUGAACCAGCUGAGAAUACUAAAAAUGAUGAUCAAGAUGAUGAUGAAGAAGAAGAUGGUGAAAUUAUACAAAGAACGCCACAUUCAGAACGAUAUCCAAAUGAAAACAGUAAUUCAUCGGUUCUUGAUAACAAAUCCGAUGUUAGUCAUGACCAUGAUGAACAUCAAUCAAUGCCACCACCAGCCAAAGUUAAAAAUCUAUCGAAUACACCUGACAAAGCUCCCGAUGCUGAUCUUAAUUCAGCAUUAAGUUUCAUUAAAAGUCUUCACACAAUUCAGCCAAUCUCGAGCAUAUCAGAUAGCGAUGACAAUGUUGAUAGUUUAACGACUUACGGUGCUGAACGACCAAAGAAAAAACGUCCAAAGAAACGUUUAAGGCCGGAAAUUGAUGGCGGCAAUUCAAGUUCCGAUGAAAGUUCACGAUUCUCCGAGAGCCGCAGGCGGUCAUCGUUGGAUGAAAAGAAACCAUCACGUGGACGUUCAAAUAACAACAGCAAUAGUAACAACACCAACAGCUUAACACCGAAAAUUGGGAGAGUGUCGCAUGAAGCAACGAACAGUAGCGACAAUAAUAGUAUAAGUGGAAAGACUAAGAAGGCUCACAAAUCACCACGUAAAGAGCCACAAUCACGUAAACCAACAACAGCAAAUCGAAGACGUCAAAGUGUUUCACAAAAGAAAAGUCGAGAAAUGAUUCCAUCAUCAGAUGGGUCAAGUGAUGAGAAUGAAGCGAGGAAACAAAAGAAAAUAUCGACAUCGUCCGCUGUGAAAGUCAAAGAGACGUCAAAUCAUCAAACGACAAAACGCCCAUCGAAAAAACGACAAAAAGUUCCUGAAAAAAUUGUUAGUCCAAUAAUGGCAUCGUCAAGUGAAAAUGAAACUCAGCAGCAACAACCACAGCAACAGCAGCAACGUCCAAAGCAUUCCUCACCAUUUCAGUCACCUAUGGUACCGAUCAGUAGUUCAUCAUCAGAUAAUUCUGAUUCUGAUGAUUCGAGUCGUUCCGACCCCGAUAGGAAAAACAAGAAAAUUAAAAUUGUCAGUGACAAGAACAAGAAAGAUUCAUUGCGCAAUGUUUUCUUUAAUGUAAAGAAGAUGAGCGAAGUUAGUAAAGGUGGAAAAGGGGUUACGAAAGGAAAAGGUCAAGUGGUUGUGAUUACACCUGAUGAAGCUCAAAAUCAAUCGAAAUCAAACGACUCAACUGCAUCAACAAACAACAUACAAGCUUCAAAAUAUCUUUCACCAUCAAGUGCAUUCAAUACUGUUACGCCUUCAGUUGUCGUGCGAAUUGAUCUCGCAUGUAUUGACUUGUCAAGACUUCAGAUACCUGCCGAGAAACUCAACAAUACUGUCAUUAGAACGAAAAGUCCGGCAGUGCAUAUCAAUAAUAAAGAUGACCAACAUCAACAACAAGCACAGCAACAAGGAAAGUUAUCGAAGAAACGUCGAAAUAUUUCAAAUUACGAUGAGCAAGAUCGACGACGACGUCAUCCGAGUAAUACUGAAAAUUUUGAUCAAUUGUCAGUGUCUUCAACAUCAUCAGCUACAUCAUCGUCUUCAUCAUCAACAACAUCAUCGGAACCUCAUCAUCAUAAUCACCAUAUCGAGAAUCCAGCAACACGCGUCUCAUCUUACACCACAAACUAUACCAAUGAUCGCAUUAACAAUAAUGUCGAUCACAAAACAAAAGACAUGAACAACUUUUAUCAUUCGCCAAGCAGUGUCGACACGCGACUGCCAAAAAUCAAACGUGAACCAAAUUCGUCAUCAUCGUCGUCAUAUAUGAAAGAUUUGACGAGCUUUUCUCCGAAUCAAGUUAAAGAUGGAAAGUCAACAAAUGACUUUAAGAAUAAAAUAAAACAAGAGAUAAAAGAUGAAUAUGAUAAUGAAGUUCAACAAGAGAUGAGAAAGCGAGCAUCGAGUAUGACAAACAAUACACAAUCUUACAAGGAUAAGAAAAGAAAACGUCUCGAUGUCACAAAUGAUAAUAGCCUUCCGUUGCCACUGACAACAAAUAAUUAUGAGAGAAUGUCGAUGACGUCACUUGCAAAUGGUUGUGAUAUGAUGUUACAAACGAAACCAGAAGUGAUAAAGAGAGUUUAUGUGUCGUACUUUGAGCGUACAAAUGAUGAGAUUGAACAGGCGAAAGCAAGAGGACAAAAUGAUUUUCUUUGUGAAGCAAAACGACUGAAACAUGCAGCAGAUAAAGAGAAAGAUGAUCUCGCUCAAGCCAUGCUCUACCUCGAGGCUGUGCUUUAUUUCCUGCUUACUGGUGCCGCAAUACUCGCUGAACCUGGAAAGGAUAAAGUCGCUUUCACAAUGUACAAAGAUACGUUAGAGUUAAUCAAAUACAUUUCUUCAAAGUUUCGAAGUCAACAACAACAUGCAACUGUGCAAGGAAACAUUCAUAGUAAACUCGCAAUUCUAAGCCUUCGAUGUCAAUCGCACAUUUACUUGAAGUUAUACAAAAUCUGUCGUCAUGAGAUCAAAGAUUUACAACGAAUCAUAUCUGACUACAAGCCAAAUAUGACGGAAAUGACAAAUGGAAACACGCCGUCGCCUUUAUCACCCACAUCUGUGGGAUCACAGAGCUCUGGUUACAGUUCUGGACAACAAAAUACAAUUAAUCCGCCUUGUUAUAUGACACCGAUUCAGGUUCAUCAAGCUUACCAACGUCAAGGAGUGUUCUUCACUUACUUAAUAAGCUGUCAUGAUUUAUGGGAGCAAGCAGAUAUUCUAGUUGCUAAAGGCAAUCAUACCGAUUUUUUUAUCGAGCUCGAUCACGAGAACGGACCAAUAACUCUUCAUAGUAGUCUCAAUAAUGUUGUAAAAUACGUGCAGGCUGGAAUCCAAAAGCUUCGUCGUAAUGUCAAUAUGUAGAGACAAUUUCUUGCCAUUUGUCAAUGUGUUCGAAGUUCCUUAAUUAAGAAAUGUUUUCAAAAAAACAUCACACCUCAUCCAGGUGAGAGAAACAAUCGGAUGCACCAAACUCAACUGAAACAUCAACAGCUCAUGUCGUCGAUUAAUUUCUGGAUGGAAAGAAAUUAGAUAAGAAAAUCCUCCUUUGCUUUCUUUAAAUAAUUAAAUUAAAUUUAUUGCUCUUAUUGCAUUGAUUGUUAGUAGCGUGAUUUAAUUUCAAUUUUUUUUAAUUAUUAUUUUCGAAAUGUUUUUCUUGUUUUUAAACUUAAAACUGCCUAAAAAAUGUUUUUUUUUAUCUCUAUUUGUUGAGCUUUUAUUUUGUUUUCGAAUAUCUUUUUGAAGCCCAUGAGGUCUGAAGUUGAAAGCAAGAAAGAUUUUUUUAUGUUAUUCAGGAUUAUUUAUUUGUUUAUUAUUUUUUGUGUUGUUUCUUCUUUAACACGCGCAAAUUUUCUUGCAUUUGGCUUUUUUUACUUCAAAUAGAUUCAAAUUGGAAAAGUAGAAAAUGUCAAUUUGUGUCAAACACAAACUUAUUUGCGUUAUGAUUUAAAAUUAAUUUCUUUUUCAUCCACUGACUGCUUCAUUUUAAACGUAUGUAGAUGAAAUUGGCGAAACUUUCCUUUUUAUUAAUAAAUGAAUUUUGAAAAACUCAUAAAACUGAUGAGAUAAAAACAAAAAUUGAUUGCUACAUUUCGGUGGUUUUCAACGAACCUCACGAUGAAUUUUAAGUAAUUUUUCUACGAAACAAUUUAAUGGAAUUUCAUGUAAUGCUUGAAAACUUAUCAGUGGAAAAAACUUAAAGUGAAAUUCUCUUCACCGCGAAACAAGACUGUGAGAACCUCUAAAAAUACUAAACAAAUAAAAAUAUUUUUUCAACAAUGGAACUAUUAGUAUAAAACGAAGAAGGAGAAUUUUAAUGAAAAUGAAAAUAGUCAGAUUAUGUGCAGAUAAAUCCAUAGAACCAUAAUGAGCACAACAUUAAACAAGAAAUGAAAUCACUUCGAUAAAUGACAAUAAGCAUGGAAGAAAAAGGAUAAUUUUUUAAAAAUUUUUAAUUGUUUUUUUUUUACGUUUCACAACAGUUGUAAGAUUGUGAACUUGACUUCUUUAAUUUUCUGAUAAAAAAAGUAAAGAACGAAAGAAGCUCGUAAAUGUUUGUUUUUCUUAGAUAUUCAAAUUUCAUUUCAAAUUUAUGAAUUCUACAAUUCGUAUGUCGAAGUCGAUAUGAUUCAUCUUUCUUUAUUCUAAAAUGUUGAAAAUAAGCACACUCAUAGCUGCUACUCAUCAUCAAUCGAGUUAAAAUAUAUUUUAUACAACUCAAAUAAAGAAAAAAACGAUUGAUGGCCAGUGGCAAGUGAGAUGAAAUUAUGAUAAAUCAAAUGAACCGUAACUUAUCUUAGGACCACAAAAAGAAACUAAUAAAGUAAAACUUACAUCAGGAAAUUUGAAAGCGAAAGAACUUUUCAAGUCGGUGUAGGUAAGUAAAAAACUAUCGAGCAUCAUUAGAUACUUACGUGACAAGUUUUUACAAUUUGUAUGUAAUUUUAUUGAUGAAAUCAUAAGUAAUUGUUGUACAUAAAAUUUAAAUCAAACCUUGCAAAGAUGAAAACCAAGCAAUUAGGUGAAAAAUGAAGAUUUAGUUAAACUUAUAAUUAAAAGAAUGAAAUUUUCAACUGGUGAAUCAAAAGUUAUUAUAAUUUAAAGAUUCAUUGGAAAACUUUUUUAAGGACGAUAAGAUUGUAGAACUUAUGUUACGUAUUUCUUUCUUGAUCUUUCAAAUGAAAGGAAAAAACAAACAUAUUAACAUUGUUAGAAAAUAUUUAAUUAUUCUUUGACUGGGGCUCAUAAGAAACCUAAGAUUAUAAGUGAAAUGUGAAAAUAAAAGAAAGAAAAAUGAAACAACCUUCACCUUAACUAUAAGCAGUUAAGGUUAAAAGAGAUGAUAAAUAAAUCUAUAAAUUAUUUAAUUAAAGAAUGAAAGAAAAAGAUGAUAAAAAAAACACAAAUGUAGGGAAUUAGAUGAAAUAAAUGAAAUAAAAAAUAACUUUUUUGAAAGACAAA